AUGGACAAAGUGAACCAAACUGUAUCCGACGCCCUCGAAACGCAUCACUCAAUCCGAAUCCUAGGCGACCUCCCUACCGAAAAGCUGAAUCCCGAAGACUAUCUAGCCUCAACUCGCGAACUAAUCUCAAGCCUCGUCGACUCCUGGAAAGAAAAGGCGAACUUGCAGCUUUUGGCAGUGGAAGUAUGGACACGACACACCUACUUUGCGCUCGAUUUCAACAACGACGAGUACAACUAUGACAACGCCCAUACUCAAGUGAUAGUCAUACCUGUCUACCUGCUUCGGCUAUCCAGAAAAAGCCAUACCUGGACAAUAUUUCGGCACAAGCCCCAAGACUCAUCGCUCGCCAGAAGAAUUGCGGACUUACAUGAUGGCAAUGGGCAGGAUUCCACGCCUUUUCUUGAAGAUCAUAUCAAAGGCGUGAUUCAUUAUGCGCCUCGAAGUCGCAAGAUCCCUGUUGUUACAUCUGAGAAUCAUGCGUGA